AUGGAGACAUGCUCGGAAGUAUCCACACACCACCAACCUCAACUACACUCGGCACGGCAAGGCCGAAUGAAGAUUAACUCGUUGCUGAACCCUUUAAUUGACACCGGACCGGACGAACACUGCACGGCGAGUUCGCCAAACAGCCAGCACAUGAUAAUUUCAUCCUCGCCGCACAGCGGCGGCUACACACAUUCACCAAUCUCCUCACCUUCUCUAGUCCACCAUUGGUAUGGACAAUACCGGGGCCACCACGACACCAGUUCGGGUGCAGCACCUACCGCCGCGACACGUAUCAGCAACCGUAGCCGACGCUCGAAUCAUCACCAGCACAACCAGCACCAGAGCCAAAUUCAGCAUCCAGGAAGCGGAAAGCGCCACCAUAACCGCAUGUUCCUGUCCUAUCAACCAACGAACAGGUCCGUACACUCCUCGCCGGACCCGUACCACUCCCGCAAGCAGCACGACACCGUCUCCUCCAGGUCCAGCGACAACGGCGACCGGCGACGAGCGCCACGACCGAAGUACAAAGAAGAAGAGAUGUACUUCAUUUGGUACCACCGAGUAGACCUGUGCCUGGGGUGGAAAGAAGUGCGCGAGAGCUUUAAUCGCCGGUUCCCCACCCGGCAGCGGCGAGGGUUCCAGGGAAUUCAGUGCAAGUUCUACCGGUUCAUCAAAGAGAAGAAGUGUCCGACGCCGCGGGAGCAAUGUCGCAUGCGGAAUGACGAGUUCCUUGAGGAAGGCGCGCCGAUAGGGGCCGAGUCGGGGGCUUCACGGUUUGGUGUGAGGGGGUGGACGAAUGUGUGGUAUCAGUGGAUGCGCUAG